GACUGUCUUUUUCUGUUGGUUGUUAUUAUGAUAGGUMAAGUCUGUCAUCAUUCUAAGACUUCACGGACCACAGUGAUCUCAUUUGUGUGUAGUUGGRCAUCUAGUAACAACUUUGGUAAACCUGUUUUUGUUGAUGAGUCAGACGACUGUACCUACUACUUCUCGUGGCACACUAAACUCGCCUGUGAAAGAAAGGUUGAGUGUUCACCGGUUAUUCAAAAUAAAAACUCUAACUCAAAGUAUGGAAUUCGUAGACUUGCUAAAGACGAUCACAACUGGCUGGUAUUUCCAUCUGAUGGUGCGGUUCAUAGGUCUACAUAUUACAUCAAUAUAUGUAAAGCCUUGGUUCCAAUGAAAGGUAUCAACUGCCCUGCAGGCGCAUCGGCUUGUGAACAAACAAUAUCUGGAACAUUCUUGAGCCUUGGUCGUGCGGCUGGUCCACCUAAAGUCGACGGCAACAAGAUAAUAGUGACUUAUAUMAACGGUACUAACAACGCUCAGACACGAAUAGAACUGACGUGUAACCAUGGUAGCCUGGGUAAGCCAUUAUUUGCGUACAAGGAUAAGAACUUAUACACCUUUACGUGGUCUACAUCGGCUGCUUGUGUCAGUCAGGAAGUCGUUGAUUUACCUCGAUGCCGUGUGUUCGACAAAGAGACAGGAUUCUACUAUGAUAUCAGCUCACUACGAACUGCCAACCAAGAUGGUUAUGUCGCGCUUGCUGCUCCAGACGGUGGCACAGUAUAUGCUUCUGUAUGUCGUAGUCUCCCCGUCAAGCAGUGUACUGGUGCUGGUGUGUGCUUAGCACGUUCAACAGGCAACAAUCAAGCCCUCGGGUUGUUUCAGUACAUGACUAUGACGUAUAUUUAUGAAGAGAAUAUGCUGGUGAUUAAAUACUGUGAUCGUCAGUGCGAUUCUGAACAAGUAAAGUACAAAUCAAGAAUAAUGUUUAUAUGCGAUGAGACUGUAACCUCUAGUAACACAGGAUAUUCUCUGGAAAGUAUUGAUAGCCGUGGCGUUGACAUCAUAUGGAGAACAAGCCUUGUUUGCUCACCAGCUCAGGAAGAGUGUGUGUUUAAAGAUCAAGAUCACUUGUACGACCUGCAGCUAUUGUCCAGUAAAAAGAAGAGUUGGCAUUACAUCACCUCUACUGGAGAUAAGUAUUGGUUGAACCUGUGUCGUGGUAUUAACGACCAGACAGGCUGUCCCCGGUCGGCAACAGUUUGUGCACAAUUGGGUAGCAACAAAAACAUAGUAGUAUUGGGAUAUGGGAAAACUCAAACCAUGUCAAAGAGUAGUAAGUGCACCCGUACAAUUUAAUGUCUACACGUGUGAUUAUCAGAGUAUAUUUUAUAUACUUGUUCAUUCACAACUUACAUUUUGAAUUAAAAAAACCCGGCAACUUAUCUAUCAAAGCAUUACCAUUUUUCAAUUAAUUGUUUUUUUUAUUGUAGAUCAAAGUCAGGCAUUGCAUUGCUAAUUCUUGUGUUCAGAUUCUUUAUUAAUUUUCCAUUGGAAAAUCAAAUACUCUAAUUGGAGAAGAAUGAUUCUUUGAUUUGACUGGUUCAAGAACUCCCAUGAUCCAUCAGUAUGCAUAUAUUAUACAGUACG